AUGGCUAAGGGUGGCAUAGUUGUCCCGGCAGGGCUGAGGGAGCUUCUCCAAGACUUUACGGUUGCCGUCCUGCGAGAUCACCCUCCAGACCUGGUGGAAUUUGCUAUUCAAUACUUCACAAUGAAGAAAUCACAAGCAAACAAAGCUCCUGUCGGCAGCGACGAGGAGGAGGAAGAACCGAUGCCAGCGCCUCCGAGACGUGGAGCUAGGCGUGCCGGAGUAGCCGCUGAGAGUUAUGAUCCCGAGAAGGAGGAGUCCGUCGAGAAGGUUGUCUUCCCAAAGACCGAGGAGCAACGCAGUCGUCUGCAGCAUGCAACCAGAGAUAUUCUCCUAUUUCGGUGCUUGGACGAUGAUCAAAUGAAGGAUGUUAUUGAUGCCAUGUUCGAGCGCAGGGUAGAGGUAGGCGAAAAGGUCAUCUCUUUAGGUGAAGACGGGGACAACUUUUAUGUGAUCGAGAAAGGACUCUUUGACAUUAUCGUCAAAGUGAAUGGUGUUGAGACUAAAGUGGGCCAAUACGAGGACAAGGGAUCGUUCGGAGAGCUGGCACUCAUGUACAACACACCCCGAGCCGCUACUAUUCUAGCCCAGACGUCUGGAGUCCUCUGGGCAAUGACACGCGAGACUUUUCGGAGUAUUGUGCUCAAGAAGGCCUUUGAGAAACGUCGGAUGUACGAAGAGCUCUUGGACAAAGUCCCGAUGUUGGAAAGCCUUAGCAACUACGAAAGAAUGAGCAUUGCCGAUGCCCUGCGGACACGGAUUUAUGAUGAAGGCGUGAGGAUCAUCAUACAGGGAGAGCCCGGUGCUGAGAUGUACUUUGUAGAGGAGGGACAGGUCAGGAUUACGAUGAAGAAGGAGGGCGACGCCAAUGAAACCGAACUAACUCGUCUGGAGAAAGGCGGCUAUUUCGGUGAACUGGCUCUGCUCACUAAACAGCCCAGAGCAGCCAGCGUUUACGCUGUCACACGUACCAAACUGGCAGUGUUAGAUGUAGACAGCUUUGAACGGCUUCUUGGGCCCUGUGUGGAAAUUCUAAAGCGAAAUAUUUCUAAUUACGAAGAAGAGUUGAAAAAGAUAUUCGGAAGCAUGGAGAAAAUUCCAGAAUUGCGAGGUUGA